UAUAAAGUAAAUGAAACCUUGCUAACUUCCAGAUGACAUAAUUUAACAUUAUUCAAAUUAUCGCAAUAAAAAGAGCAAAUUGAAAGUGAGCACAAUUUUAGGCUCUAGAUUUGAGAUUGAUGAUAAAUAUGAAAUCUUAGACAAUAGUAUUAAGUUAUUGUGUUAUAUCGCUAGUUGGUUAAGGAGCCUAUGGUAUAGUUGUAGCAGCUAGAGACAAUACAUUAGACUCAGAGGAUAAUUUAGUUGCGAUAAAAAAGAUUGAAAAAGCUUUCGAACAUAAAAUAUUUACAAAGAGAACUUUAAGAGAAUUGCGUCUACUAAGAUUGCUAUAACACGAAAAUGUACAUAUCACUUAUAUCUAGAUUAUUGGAAUCAAUACAAUACUGCUUCCAAAAUCAAGAGAAGAAUUCGAGGAUAUGUAUUAAUGAUAUUGAUUUAGUUACGUGGUUCAAGAAUUGAUGGAGACCGAUUUAGCCCAGAUCAUUAAGUCAGACUAAAACCUGGCAGAUGAACAUUGUUAAUUUUUCCUGUAUCAAUUAUUGAGAGGACUUAAAUACAUACAUUCUGCAAAUGUGGUCCAUAGAGAUCUAAAACCUCGUAAUUUAUUAGUUAACAGCAACUGCGAUCUAAAGAUUUGUGAUUUUGGACUUGCAAGAGCCUUGAUACCAGAUUUAAAAGUAAAACUUCUGAGUAUUAUCAACCCAAGGCAAAAGCUGGAGUUUUAACUGAUUACGUUGCUACUCGAUGGUACCGAGCUCCAGAAUUGUUAUUAUCAUGGAGAAAUUACACACAGAGUGUCGAUGUUUGGUCAGUUGGUUGUAUUUUCGCGGAAUUGUUAAGAAGGAAACCCUUCUUGCCUGGAAUGGACACCAAGAAUCAAAUCGAAUUGACAUUUGAAGUAAUAGGUACUCCAUCUGAAUAAGAAUUGAACAUGAUACCUAAAGAAAAAUAUAGAACUAUAGCAAAGGGACUCCCUAAACGACCAGGAAAGGAUUUUAAUAAAUUGUUUCCCAAUGCUUCUAAUCUUGCCAUCGAUCUAUUGAAAAGCUUACUUACUUUCGAUGCAAAAAAAAGAAUCACUGUCGAGGAUGCGCUAAGACAUCCUUAUCUAUCUGCUUUACAUUGUCCAGAUGACGAAGUAUUAGUUCAUAUGUAAUCCUUCAUAGCCAAUUGCAGUUCCAGUCUAAAGGAUAGAUUUCGAAUUUGAAGAGUACAACAUGACACUUCAACAACUCAAAGGUAUUAGAUUAAAAAAUAUCGUAGAUUGCAUUUAUGAGGAAAUAUUGGUAUAUCACUUUAAAGACUUCAAAGAUGAGUAUGAAACCAAAAAGCGAAAUUCCUCAUCUAUCAUAAAUCAUAUAAUAAAAAAUGAAAACUCUAAAAUAAUAGACCCAGAUGCUGAUGAUGAUGACAACGACUCUGAUGAAGAACCCAUUUGAUAAAUAUAAUUAAAU